CACUACCCCUCUGGCCCACAGUGUUAGAUCUAUCACUAACUCAACUGACUGUAUGGAGCUGAAUGAUGGGAAGGGCCUCGCUGCAACUAUAGUAUAGUUACUGUGGGAGAUGGUGAACCUACGAGCCGUUGUAGGGACAGUUUACCCUGGGUUGUACCAAGAGAGAAGGAAGUAUUAACUUUAUACAUAAAUCCCCCUGAAACGUACAUCUGGCCUCCCAGACAGGAGCAUCUAUGGGCAGUGAUAAGGAAUAAAAUGCUGCUGGCAUGAAAUAGUUGUGUCCUUCCUGUGUCCCAUCAGGGUGUUUUAUCAGGGCAAGCCAGCUGUGACUUCAUACACUCUCAUGCCUCUGAGUGACUAGUAGCACAGUCUCACCAACCACUCCUGCCACGAACACACGCAAAGAGUUGACAGUGAGGAUGAGGGGGUUCCUGCCAUGUGUUACCCCACUCCUGGGUCUUCUCCUCCUCUUGUUGACCCCAGGGAGGGUUCAAGGGUCAUCAAGCUGUCCCCUGUACUGCUCCUGUCAUGGUGCUCGGGUAGACUGCAGCAGCCGUGCCCUCACCACCUCUUCCUUACCCUCCCGCUUCCCUCCUGCCACCACCGAGCUCCAUCUUCACGACAACCAGCUAACCACGCUUCCAAACAGCCUUCUGGACUUCCUCUCCUCCCUCCGCUCCGUGUCGCUCCAUGGAAACCCCUGGGCGUGUGACUGCGGUGUGCUCUACCUGCGUGCCUGGCUGCUCCGACAACCUGCCAACUACACCAGCCACAGCAACAUCACCUGCAGUUCCCCUCCCCGCCUGCGAGGGAGGCUGGUGGCCUACCUGGUUGAGGAGGAGGUGCUGGAGUCCUGUCACUACUGGUACUGUGACUUGGCAAUGGCCUCCCAGGUGUGUUUGUUUGUGUUCGUGGCGGUGCAGGCGGGGCUGCUGGCUGCUGUGGUUGUGUUCCUGAGGAGGUUUGAGAGCCUGUCCCGCGAGGCCCGGAUGACCACAGAGGAGAGUUUGCUGGGGGAGGGGCUUAUGAGUAAUGAGUAUAGUGAGUAUGAGCCCAUGAAGGACAGCAUCAUCUGACGAGGGGAGGGGAGGGAAGGGCCAGGUAGGCAAGGAGAGAGAAGAGGAAGAGGAGACACUUGAAGGGGACAAGCUGGUGAGCAAUAAAAUGAUGGAGCCCUUUCAGGUCUGUGGUAAGAAAAGAAUGAGGAUGAGGAGAAAAGGACUUGUUAGAUUCACUGGAAACUGGAGAUUUCAGAGAAACUCGCAGGACAAGAAAUUAGGCUAAAUCGAAGUGGUUCUGCAUCUAUUUUCAGAGACUUCUUGCAAUGUGUUUGUUGCUUACAUCAGUCAAUAACGCUGUUGGAAUAAUAUAUCAUGCUAUGAAUCAAUAGUACAUAGAAUAUAACAUUUAAUUUACAUUUAA